AUGGGCCGCCGCAAGAAGUCGACCAAGAAGAUCGUGACGCGCAAGAAGCAGGUCGUGAGCCGCGUCUUCAAGUGCCCGUUCUGCUCGCAUGACGAGAGCGUCGAGUGCAAGAUGGACCGCGACCGCAACAUUGGCCAUCUCUCUUGCCGCGUCUGCAGCGAGUCGUUCCAGACCAACAUCAAUUAUUUGAGCGAACCCAUUGACGUGUACACCGACUGGAUUGACGAGUGCGAAGCGCUCCACAACGAGCAGGCGAGAUAG